GCUCUCGCGCUCUCUGCCGCGGAUUAAUAGACUGUACCAUCACUGCAGAAGCAGUCCUGCGAAAAGCAAGACGAGACAAGACAGAGCUCCGAGCGGGGAUCUGCUCCUGAUGCGCACAGUUGUGAUGUGGAUAUUUCCUGAUUGAAAUGAGCGGCGGUCCUCAAGUGCCGACGGCUCCCAGCACCUGCUUGGAACGUACUCGCCAUAUUCCUCUUUUGGUUACUGGGUUUAAAUAUUUCUAUUAUAAGGUUAUUCCUGUCCUUAUUCCCCUUAUUCUCGGUUUCCAUUCUCCUUGGUUCGCGAAAAGGCUGUUCCACGCACUUACAAUUCUGAUCCCUGGAACCUGUAUCCGAAUUCACGUUAGUGUAGCUUCGGGAGUGGCCCCGGCCUUGACCAACCAUCUUCACAUAUCACUUCUGGACCUGCGUCCGCAUCUUUCAUUUGUAUUCACUCGAAACUCAAAUCCGUCGUGCUCUCCGAACACCUGAGCAUAUCCAAACAUGGGAGUUAUCGGGGCGGGGCUGCGCCUUGCGCUCUUCUGCCAUCUCGCGGCGUGCGGCGGGCCUGAAGCACAGAAGCCCAUUGCCCACGCUUCGGCUCCGUCGUCAUCGUCCUCCGGUCUGGCUCCGCCGUCUUACAGACAAGAACUCCUCUCGCUACACAAGUCUCUUAUCGAGGUCGAGUCCAUUUCGGGCAACGAAGAGGCGGUGGGGAAGUUCUUGACACGGCAGCUCGAGUCCUGGGGGUACCACACCGAGACUCAGGCCAUCCCAAUACAAUCCACCCUCGAUGGCGCUAGGGAGACCACUCGCUUUAAUGUCAUCGCGUACCCUGCGUCUUCAUCAUCUAGUGCGAAGCUGCUGGUCACUUCUCACAUCGAUGUGGUCCCGCCGCACAUCCCUUACUCCACCGACUUGGAGCCCGGCGCGGACUUCACUUCCGAGACCAUCGUCCGAGGUCGCGGCAGUGUCGAUGCCAAAGCCAGCGUCGCGGCGCAGCUCAUCGCGGUCCGGGAGCUUAUCGCGAGCAAAGCCAUUAACGAGUCCGACGUCAUGUUCCUGUUCGUGGUGGGCGAGGAAGUGGACGGCAUCGGCAUGCGCUUUUUCAGCCGCUCGCUCCAGAACUCCAGCUCGGCCCACCCGGGAUUCGAUGCUGUCAUAUUCGGCGAGCCUACCGAAAAUAAGCUUGCCUGCGGUCACAAGGGACUCAUCACUUGCACGGCCGCGGCUGCGGGCCAAGCUGGUCACUCGGGGUACCCCUGGCUUGGAAAAAGCGCAAACGAAGUCUUGAUGCGAGGCUUGCUCGCCGUCUUGGAUGCCGAUCUCGGCAGCAGUGAAGAGUUCGGGAACACCACCGUGAACGUGGGGCUCAUGUCUGGUGGCGUGGCCGCCAACGUUAUACCCAAGUCUGCUCAUGCGAGCAUCGUCGUUCGGGUGGCAAUUGGCCCUCAGUCUGAUGGCCACAACAUUGUCCGCCAGAGAAUCGAGGGGGCUCUCCAGAAUGUCGAUGCCGAAGCACUCAGUCUAAGCUGCAAAGACGGGAAUGGAUACGGAGUCGUCGCGUGCAACUGUGACGUGGAUGGCUUCGAGUCCAUUGUUGUCAACUAUGGGACUGACGUCCCCAACCUCGCGGGAAACCACACUAGGUAUCUCUAUGGGCCCGGGAGCAUUUUGGUCGCGCAUUCGGACCACGAAGAAAUUCGGGUUCGGGAUCUGGAGACGGCAGUCGAAGGCUACAAGAAGCUGGUAAAGCAUGCGCUCACAAAAGCCUAGUUUCCAAAGUGUGGCGUCGCGAACCAACGUUUUCUUAUGGCACAUCAAAGACGUGACAAAAAUCUCUAGCACUUAGCAGCGUCGUCCAUAUUGGCCCAUCGCUCAGGCAUCACAUCCCGGAAAUCGAAUCGCCCAUCGGAGCCCUUGAGAACAGUGCCCUUCUCAGUGACUAUGACGUCAAUAAGAUCAUGCGGGGUCACGUCGAAUGCCGGAUUCCAG